CCCGCGGUCGGCGCCCCCCGCCCGCGCCUCGGGCGAAGGGAGGAACGGGGCCGCGGGCGGGGCCGGGCCGGCGCCCGCGCCACUUCCCGAGCAUGGAGCGGCCGCCUCAGCCCUGCGGCGGCCCCUUAAAUAGCGGCCGCGCCGCCCGCCGCUGCUGUGUCGAGUCCUGAGCUGCGGAGCAUCCUCCUAGCCGACCAGCGGCGGCAGUAGCGCCGAGCCCGCCGGCGAUCAUGUUCGAGAUCAAGAAGAUCUGCUGCAUCGGGGCCGGCUACGUCGGGGGCCCGACCUGUAGCGUCAUUGCCCAGAUGUGUCCCGAAAUCAAAGUUACCGUCGUAGACGUCAACGAGGCUCGGAUCAAUGCCUGGAACUCGGACACGCUUCCAAUUUAUGAGCCAGGGUUGAAAGAAGUGGUAGAAUCCUGUCGAGGAAGGAAUCUCUUCUUUUCUACCAGUAUUGAUGAUGCCAUUAGAGAAGCAGAUCUUGUAUUUAUUUCUGUUAACACUCCAACAAAGACUUACGGGAUGGGAAAAGGCCGGGCAGCUGAUCUGAAAUACAUUGAAGCAUGUGCUAGAAGGAUUGUACAAAACUCAAAUGGCUAUAAAAUUGUCACCGAGAAGAGCACAGUUCCAGUACGUGCUGCAGAGAGCAUUCGUCGAAUAUUUGAUGCUAAUACUAAGCCGAACUUGGAUUUGCAGGUGCUGUCCAAUCCAGAGUUCCUUGCAGAAGGGACAGCGAUCAAGGACCUGAAGAACCCAGACAGAGUGCUUAUUGGUGGAGAUGAUUCUCCAGAAGGACAGAAAGCAGUCCGUGCUCUGUGUGCUGUCUAUGAGCACUGGGUACCCAAAGAAAAAAUCCUCACAACCAAUACCUGGUCAUCAGAGCUUUCUAAACUGGCAGCUAAUGCUUUUCUUGCCCAACGGAUCAGCAGCAUUAACUCGAUCAGUGCUCUGUGUGAAGCUACAGGAGCAGAUGUUGAAGAAGUGGCAAGAGCUAUUGGAACAGACCAAAGAAUUGGAAAUAAGUUUCUCAAAGCCAGUGUUGGAUUUGGAGGCAGCUGUUUUCAGAAGGAUGUUCUGAAUUUAGUCUAUCUUUGUGAGGCAUUGAACUUACCUGAAGUAGCCCGCUAUUGGCAACAGGUAAUAGACAUGAAUGAUUAUCAGAGAAGAAGAUUUGCUUCUCGUAUUAUUGACAGCUUGUUCAAUACUGUCACUGAUAAGAAGAUUGCUAUUUUAGGGUUUGCAUUCAAAAAGGAUACUGGAGACACAAGAGAGUCUUCCAGUAUCUACAUUAGCAAGUAUUUAAUGGAUGAAGGAGCAAAACUCCAUAUCUAUGACCCUAAAGUACCUAAGGAGCAAAUCAUCAUGGAUCUUUCACAUCCAGGUGUCUCAGAAGAUAACCAAGUGUCUCGACUGGUCACUAUCAGUAAAGAUCCAUAUGAAGCCUGUGAUGGAGCUCAUGCCCUUGUAAUCUGCACUGAAUGGGACAUGUUUAAGGAGCUGGAUUAUGAGCAUAUUCACAAGAAGAUGCUGAAGCCUGCAUUCAUCUUUGAUGGCAGGAGAGUUCUUGAUGAUCUUCAUAAUGAGCUACAAGUCAUUGGUUUCCAGAUUGAAACAAUUGGGAAGAAGGUGUCAGCCAAAAGAAUCCCUUUUGCUUCUUCUUGUGAAAUUCCGAAGUUCAGUCUGCAGGACCCUCCUGUAAAAAAACCCAGAGUGUAACUCUUAGGUACUGGAGGAAUUCUGUGAACCUUCUUAGUGAUAUUAACUGUAAGCCUAUGCUUUUUUUUUUUUUUUUUUUUUAAGGAAAGAUAUUUUUUUCAUAAACUGAAAGCCAUUUUUACACUAGAAAUGGUACCUGGUACAUGUGAAUUCAGUCUACUUUCAAAUCUCUAUUUUUAUAAUUUUUUUUUUUCAGUUACUGAGGAUGGUACAGACCAGUUUUUAAUAAUGAAUCAAUGUUUAAGUGGAAAAAAAAUUACCUUCAAACUGCAAAUUUCUGCUUCCAGAAACAUUCCUAAACUGCACUUUAAAUAUUUCAAGUGCUAUGAAAGCAAAAGAAAUAGAGAAGCUUCUUUUUACUUUAGUCCAGCUAUGGACAGUGAUCAGGAGCUUAGUUGGUCUCUGAUUAUAGUUUACCUCCAGGGUAACUUUGCCCUGUUAAAUGCUUGCUUUAACCAGCAUUGAAGUCAAAAAAUGUUCUAAAUGAAUUCAAGAUUUGGAUUGAGCCCUAAAAUAGAGCUGACUGCAAUAAUAAUGCCCUGAUCCUGAUUGGGAUCAAUGGGCACUGAUAAAAUCUAAAGUGACUGCUGGUUUUGGGAGACCAGAUAGUUCUGCAGAACUUCUAUUGUGUAGUUAAUGACAGUGGACUAGCAGCUAUAAACUGAUCUGCUGGCAGGUAAUACUUUUGAUUCUUCAUACUCUUGCCCACAUUCCACGUACAGCACAAACUAUUGAUUUAAUCAGGUUCCUGGGCAAAUUUUCCUGAAUUACAGCAGUGUAACCCAUCAGCCUCAGCAGAGGAGCAUUCUGCUUGCUGCUUGUUUGAACACUGAAUUUAAGCAGAAUUACCUGAAAUUAAUUCAAUAUCAGUCCAAGUAGAAAGCAAAUAUUGGCUUCAAAGCUAUCUGGUGUGGGUUUUUUUUUUUUCCCUUACUUUCUGCUUGCAUACUUGAACUGAAAGCAGGUUUCCUAAUCAACCUGCAAAAAUUAUCUUCUGCUCCUAAGAAAAGAUUAAAAAUACAAAUUCAUCCCCAUAAGUCAGUCAGCUUGCUACCUCAUGUAAUUAGCAGGAAUGCGUUCUUCCAAUGUUAUCUUUAUACUUUUGCCUUUACUACUACUUUAUUUCUACUUUUUCUUAUUAUCCCAAUUGGCCAGUGCUAUUAAAUUACUUGGGAUGGCAAAGUUUGUGUUCAGUUUGUUGCAUGGGGUUGUAAAAUGGAGGGGAGGAUAAAGACAGAUGACUGAACAGGUUUCAGACUGAAAGGGACAGGAACCUCUCUGCUGAAUAACAGUAGUGUUGGGAUGUUUGAGAACUGCCCUGUAACUAGUCACAUAAUACCUUCUGUAUUCAUUCAGUGGAAAAGUAUGCUACAUUAAUAGUUUAACUAAGAGCACAAGAUCUAUGUCCUUUUUUGCUAAUAAAAAUACUACUACUUGCUGAAAUGUAGACACAAUUUACUAUCCUAAGCUUUAGGAUAGCUCUCUGAAGAUUCAAGGAACAUGUAUAACUUGGGUAGAUAACAUGGGACAGUGUUAUUUGUUAGACUGGCUGCAGUUGCUGUACCCUCCAGCCAGAUGCUUUCAGAUUGUGCACACCUCAAUGGCUUCUGUGUGCAGACUUGCUCUGUAGUGAGCAUGCAGUACUGUGGGCAAAUACACUUCAGUUGUUUUGUCCCACUAUUGUAAGGCUCUUCUGUGAAGUCAAAAUCAGUGGGAAUUAUAGGGGACUUAAACUCAUAAAUUGAUGUGUUGACUUCCAUCAUCAUAUCUCCUCUUACUGAUUCAGUUUUCAUAUGGUGCUCAGAGCAGGAACAGCCCUGUGAUAGAGUUGAGGUAUUUGUGUAUUUAAAAAAAAAAAACAACCAAACAAAAACCCUAAUCAAACUCUAGUCUUGUGACUUACCCCCCCCCCCCCCAACACACACACACCCUCACACACCCACAUGCACACACAAAUAACAGCAACUGAGAGGACAAGCUGGUUACCUCCUCUUGAAGACUAAGAGGAGGAUAUUGACAAGUUGUGCUUGAAGGCUCUUGUCUUUAAUUAUGUACAGGGCAGCACAGCACUGUUUCAGGGCUCACCUCAUCAGGGAGGUGAGCAGGGACUCCAGAAAAAUCAGGAUAGCAAAGCACAGAGCUGUUGAUAGUAGCAUCUCCAUGUGGCACCUGUCCUCCUUAGGCUGAAGUGGACAGAUGAGCCAUUCACAGUGCUGCUCCUAUUAUGACUGCAAGAGCUGCAAGGCUGGCCUAUGUUUGAGGCUUCCAGCAGCUUUUCACGCAUCACCUUGGUGAAACUGUGGAACUGGUUGCUAGACACACGUUCCUGUUUUCUGCUUCUCCUGUAAAUUGAGGUGAAGCCUGGAGAGUGACUUGCGGCUUAAUCAUAAGGAUCAAUAAAGAAUGGGGGAAGUUCAUUUUGGUGGGAUCUCUUUAAUUUGCAUUUCUUAGGAAAUGGCUGAGGGGGAGGCAGAUGUCUUUGCAAGAGCAAAAGGGGUAUAACUGGUAUUGACAUUCCUCUUGCUUUCUGGGAAAGUCAGCUUGCUCGGUUACUUGGCUGCUGAAUCCUUUUAUUGGACACUGGGGUUGUGGGAUGGAUCACAUUUAAUGAUGAUCUGAACAGCUGGUGGUGUAUGCCUUUGGGAUACCGGAAUAUUUAUCGCGCACGUAUGUGGGAGAAAUUCACCACAGGCCAAAAGAAAGAGCUUCAGAAGCUUCUGCAGCACCAUGAAUCACAAGCCAUCCUCUUCAGAAUAACAGUUGCUAGGGAAAUAGAGUUGGAGAUGACUUGCAUUCCUGCUUUGAGAGUUGGAGCUCCCAAGUAGUGCAAUGCUAUAGUGUGGUGGUUUUUGUGUGUGUGUGUGUUUUCUUUUUUUUUUUUUUUUUUUUUUCUUUUUUAUGCUAUUGAAUUUGUGUCUAUGGGAUCUUACAGUUCUUGUCAAGAAUUAUGGGAACUAUAUGAGUAAUGAACUUCUGUAUUCUGUUUUUUAUGGGGCUUUUAAUAAAAUGCAAUCCAUAGUAA